AUGAUCGUCGUGCUUCCAGUCCUCCUAGCAGGACUUGCAGGCGGUGCAUACCCCCGGCCAACUACAGAGACGAAUACAGACGAAACCUACCACAACAAUGCCGGUGUUCUCAAAUUUGUCAAUCCCCUCAUCGGCACCUACGGAACAACACCAAAUGGCAACGGCGGCAUGAUCCCCUCCGUCGCCCCUCCCUUCGGGAUGACCCGCUGGACACCACAGACCCGCGAGAAUUUUAUCUCGCAAGUGCCUUACGGCAACAGUGACCGUCUCAUCCAUGGAUUCCAGGCCACGCACCAACCCGCUAUCUGGAUGGGCGAGGCCGGUCAGGUUGUACUGACACCGGGAAUCGGCGAAGUGCAGCCGCUAUUUCAGAAUCGAGGAUUGCAGUUCCGGAAGAAGGAUGAGAGGAGUACGCCGUAUGUUUAUGAGAUCCUUGUUGAUGCUGCUCAGCGCUUGGACCGUGACUGGAAUGCCACGGCUGAGGCUGUAGGUGAUGGGCCUGUUCCCGGUGGUGCGGGCUCCGUGCCGGAUGAGGUGAAGGAGGGUGCCAAUGGGCGGACGCGAAAACGGCAGAUUGAGUCUGUGCUUCGUAGUACAGAUGGUGAUGAGUAUGAGCGGUCAAUUCAGGUUGCCAUGUCUGCAGAUUCUCAUAUUGGGUAUCUUCGGUUUGACUUCCAACACAGCUCUACCAAAUUGAAUGACGAAGCAGAACCCUGGGUAUUUAUUCAAGCUUCACGCCGGAACUGGACAGGAGAAAUACAUAUUGUUGCCAACAGUCGGGAGAUCUACGGCUAUAACAGUGAACGUCAGGAUUACCUCCUUGGACCGGACAAAGCCCCGUCAUUCAAGGGAUACUUUGUCUCCCAAUUUUCUGAGCCAUUCACUGAAUUUGGUGUGACAAAUGGAGGCUCGGUUAUAAAGGAUAAGAGCCAUCGACGCGGGAAUUUCACUGGUGCAUAUGUGAAAUUUGCCAACUCGACAUCCCGCGUCGAAGUGCGCACUGGUGUUUCGUACAUCAGCGUCGCACAGGCACGGAAGAACCUUGAGAUCCAGGCCCCAGAUGAGUACACCUUCGAGGAUACUGUUGAAAAGGUGAAGUCAGCCUGGCUUGAGAAGUUGGGCAGGGUAUCCAUCAAGGGCAUCAACAAGACCCAUCCGGAUAACGACCCCCGCACUAUUUGGUAUACUGGCCUGUUCCAUGCACUCCAGUAUCCAAGUGACUUUUCCGAGCCAGCAUCAAAGCAGGAUGGUGCACCGCGUAUUUUCUACUCGGGCUACACCGAUAGUGUGCACACUGAAAACGACUCAUACUACCAGUCCUGGUCAAUUUGGGAUACAUACAGAGCCGAGCACUCACUGUUGACCCUUUUCGCGCCGGAACGUGUCAACGGAAUGAUGCGCUCCUUGCUACGCAUCUUCGAUUGGUCUGGUUGGUUGCCAAUGUGGGCCAACCUGGUUGAGACAAAUAUCAUGAUCGCGACGAAUGCAGACGUGGUCCUUGCCAACGCCCUAGAACGAGGAUUUAGGGGCUUUGAUAUUGGCAAGGCUUGGCAAGCGGUCAAGAAGGAUGCAUACACCCCGCCUGAUAAAGAUACCGAUAUUUUGUACUAUGACCGUGAGCCCGGCACUUCAUAUGAGGCCCGUGCUGGACUCACAUCAUACGUGAAGCAAGGCUGGGUGUCUAAUGACGGUUGGUCCGAGGCCGGUAGCCGCACAUUGGACUACGCAUUCAAUGAUUAUGCCUGCUCGGUUGUUGCCGCCCAUGCGGGAGAGAACAACGCCACCGUGGAAGCCCUCAAGAAGCGAAGCGAAAAUUAUGCGUCUCUUUGGAACAACGAAACUGAGUUUAUGCAAGCUCGCAACGCGAACGGGACUUGGGCUAAUAACACCUUUGGUUGGACCGAAGGCGAUGACUGGGUCUACACGUUUGAUGUGAUGCAUGAUGUGAAAGGACUGGCUGCCCUUUUUGGUGGUCGUGAAGCCUUCCGCGAUAGGUUGAAUGCGCAUUUCCAGGGUGGCCACAAUGAUCAUACCAACGAACCAAGUCACCAUGUACCCUAUUUGUAUUCUGCUCUCGGUUAUCCCAACCAAGCAGCAGAGACAAUCAGAGAAAUUGCUUGGGAGAACUACAAUGCGACCAGUGGAGGGUUAGGCGGAAAUGAAGACUUGGGACAGAUGAGUGCUUGGUAUGUCUUUUCCGCGUUGGGAUUCUAUCCAGUCAAUCCUGCCAGUGAAGAUUAUAUUGUCGGCACACCGUUCUUUGAGGAAGUGACUAUCCGUCUUCCUAGUGGAGCGAGAACUGGUGGAGCCGUCGCCAAUGGUAGAGAGAGGAGGCUUGAAAUUAGCGCUCCGGGGGCAUCCACGAAGCCAUACAUUGGUGGUUUGAAGGUUGAUGGGAAACCGGUAAUUACCCCGAUUUUAAAGCACAGUCAGAUUGUGUAUGCAGCAAGAAUCGAGUUUGAAAUGAGUGCUAUACCCACUCCCUGGGGAAGUCGCCCCUUAUGGGAAACUUGA